UCGUCGUUGCAAGCGAUAGAGGGAGAGAGAGCGCGCGCGCCAACGAGAGAAUAUAAUCGAGAAGGAACGAUUUCACCAAUCACCUCCGCCUCUUUCUGACAAUUUGCAUCUCAAUCCUCUCGUUGCAAGUGACAGAGCUAGAUGAAGCGCGACAAAACAGAUUGGCGACAAUGUAUACAAUAUAACCUAUGCGGACACCAUCGAUCAAUCCAUCUCUCCAAGCUACAAAUAAAGUCUGAUGCAGCACCAUAGAGAAAUAGAUUUGACGGUAGAACGGAGGGAGCAUCAAAGCUGAAACUCCCUUGAAUUAACCAGUUAAUUUGGAAUGUGAUGCAAUUACAUGUCGGUUUAUUGGACUUCAGUGAGGGGAUGACAGACUACGGACGUGUCCUCAACUCUUCCCCGCUGCUAUCAGCAAACAAAGUGUAGCCUACGAAUUGGAAAAUAUUCCAUGUUUUACGCAUUUUCUGGAUUUGGGGCAUAUACGCGCAUUGGAAAGGUAUAAUACGUCUAUAGGCUAUAUUUUCCUUAUUGCUGGACAGACGUGGUGUGUAACGCGCAUAGCCUGAGCACGAUGAUGCAUUCGUAGUCUAGUUGUUGGCAUACACCCUAAAUUUCUACACACGUUUCUGCAUGUAUGAUAUCUCUGGCCUUGUCAUAUCGAUUAAAGUAGGGGUGAUGUAUGAUACGUAUUUAAUAUUGACACAUCGUUCUGUGAAUUUCAAUCACAUGUGUGAUGGCAUGCAAUAAUCUUCAGUUUCUUUCACAGAAAUACUGAAUGCAUCUGACAAACAAUUGACAGAUGAACCUACCUGAUCAUUGAUCAUUAGAUUGAUAAUUAGCCUAUCAGAGAGUACAACUAGGCCUAUGUUUAAAUAGAACGCCAGUUAUGGUAUUAAAGAGUAAUAGGCUGCAAAAAUAAUCACAACAAAAAGAUGAAAAAAAUCAGCCUCAGAAGAGAUUCUGUAGGUUACCGAGGAAACUGCAAAGGGAUCGCAUUUCAGCUUUGUGGUUGUAAGACAGUCGGAAGAGAAGGAGCCGGGGGAAAAGACCAAGCAGAGGCCGCGGCCAAGGAGCAUUCUGUGGGACUGCACGACAAGGAGCUACCGCUGCCAGCACUGGAAAGCGUGGCUUGGGGUUGGUGGAAGAAAGAAUCGAAUAAUCAGCACACUCGCGCUCGCAGGAAGAGCAUUGCCACUGCGAGACAGCCAAGCAUGGAAACCCCUCCCACUGCCCCCCCACAACCCUUCAGACAACAAAGCUUCCUCAGUCGAAAGUUGAAGGGCUCCAUCAAGAGGGCAAAGAGCCAGCCCAAACUGGAUCGAACCAGCAGCUUCCGCCACAUGAUUCUACCCCGUUUCCGUAGUGCUGAUCAGGAGAGGACCCGUCUAAUGCAGAGCUUCAAGGAGUCCCACUCUCACGAGUCCCUGCUUUCCCCUAGCAGUGCAGCGGAGGCUCUGGACCUCACGCUGGAUGAAGAUGCUGUCAUCAAACCUGUCCACUCCAGCAUAUUGGGCCAGGAAUACUGCUUUGAGGUGACCACCAUUUCAGGGACGAAAUGCUUUGCCUGCCGCUCGGCCGCUGAGAGAGACAAAUGGAUUGAGAAUCUACAGAGAGCUAUCAAGCCCAACAAGGACAACAGUCGAAGGGUGGACAAUGUGCUUAAGCUGUGGAUCAUUGAGGCCAGGGACCUUCCGCCUAAGAAGCGGUACUAUUGCGAGCUGUGUCUGGAUGACAUGCUGUACGCACGCACCACUAGCAAGCCGCGUACGGACACAGUCUUCUGGGGCGAGCACUUUGAGUUCAACAACUUGCCUGCCAUUCGCAGCCUACGCCUGCACCUUUACAAGGAGACAGACAAAAAGAGACGCAAGGAGAAGAGCACGUACCUCGGCCUGGUCACUAUCCCCAUAUCGAGCAUCACAGGCAGGCAGUUUGUGGAGCAGUGGUACCCGGUGAUCCAGCCCAGUGCUUUGGCUAAGGGUGGCGGUGUAGGCGGUGGCAAGGUCAUCAAUGCCUCAAUCCGCCUCAAGUCCCGCUACCAGACCAUGAGUAUCCUGCCCAUGGAGCUGUACAAGGAGUUCGCUGAGUACAUCACCAAUAACUACCGUACGCUGUGUGCCGUGCUGGAGCCUCUGCUCAGUGUCAAAAGCAAAGAAGAGGUGGCGUUCGCGCUGGUACACAUUCUCCAGAGCACGGGCAAGGCCAAGGACUUCCUUUCAGACAUGGCGAUGUGCGAGGUGGAUAGAUUCAUGGACAGAGAGCAUCUGAUCUUUCGAGAGAACACCCUUGCUACUAAAGCCAUAGAGGAGUACCUCAAAUUGAUAGGGCACCGGUACCUCAAGGAUGCCAUAGGGGAGUUCAUUCGAGCAUUAUACGAGUCCGAGGAGAAUUGUGAAGUGGAUCCCAUGCGCACUCCACCGUCUGUCCUCGCCGACCACCAAGCCAAUCUCCGCAUGUGCUGCGAGCUGGCACUCUGCAAGAUUGUCAACUCUCAUUGUGUGUUUCCGCGGGAGCUGAAGGAUGUCUUUGCCUCUUGGAGGGUCAGGUGUGCCGAGCGGGGAAGGGAGGACAUCGCAGACCGCCUCAUCAGUUCCUCCCUCUUUCUGCGCUUCCUGUGUCCCGCCAUCAUGUCGCCCUCUCUCUUCAACCUCACCCAGGAGUACCCCGGAGAGCGGACAUCCCGCACACUUACCCUCAUCGCCAAGGUGGUGCAGAACCUGGCCAGCUUCUCCAAGUUUAGUGGCAAAGAGGAUCACAUGUGUUUCAUGAAUGAGUUUUUGGAGAUGGAGUGGGGCUCCAUGCAGCAAUUCCUGUACGAGAUCUCCAACAUGGACACGGGGAGCAACGCCGGGGGCUUCGAGGGCUACAUCGACCUGGGCAGGGAGCUGUCGGUGCUCCACAGCCUGCUGUGGGAAGUCAUGGCCCAACUGAGUAAGGAUGCUAUUCUGAAGCUUGGCCCCUUGCCACGCCUGCUGAAUGACAUCAGUGUAGCCUUGAGGAACCCCCAGCUCCACAGGCAGGCCAGCCACCAGCCAGACAGACAGCAGGACAGGCUCAUCACACGGCCCUCCUUCAAUCGCAUGGUAUCAUCUGAUUUCCAGAGCCUCAUGAUGCGGGAUCUCAACAGCUCAAUAGACAUCUCCCGUCUCCCCUCCCCAACCUCGGGAUUAUCUGGGGGUGGGGUCCCCUCGUCUCACGUCAGCAUGGGAAGCUUUGCGGAACGAGACCCCCGCGGUUCAAAGGACGUUUUCUACGUGACCCGUCCCCCCUUGGCUCGGUCCAGCCCUGCGUACUGCACCAGCAGUUCUGACAUCACUGAGCCAGACCCAAAGGUCCUCAGUGUGAACAAAAGCGUGUCCAUGAUGGACCUGCAGGACUCACGCAUGAACAGCAUCUCCAACCUCCAUUCGGUGGGUGAUAUGCUCAACUCCUCCCAGGCCUCCAUAGCAGGCCUGGGUCACAGUUUCGGGAACCUGGGAGGCCCGCUUCGCAUGGGAGGCCAUAUGUCCGCCGGUGGCUCGGGGGGCUCUGGUUUGAGGCUGAGCCAGAUGGGGGGACCCCUCCACCAAAUGGGGGGUCCCACCGACUCUCUCUCCCAGCAGCAGCAGCAUGCGGCGGCCGCCAUGCACUUCCCCCUCUCCUUCCAGAACCCCCUCUUCCAUCUGGCUGCCGACGGCCCUCGGGGUCAGUCUCACAGUCGUCCUCAAGCCCAGCCGCCUCCCCCUCCACUCCUGCUGGCCCCAGAGCUUGACAAUGCCCACCACCAACAGGGCUACGUGCGGGCAUUCGGCCACGGCGGCUUCUCGCGCAGUGAGGAUCUGUCGGCCCUGCGGCCACAGAGCAGUCUGGUGCAGCCCAGUAUUGUCCACUCGCACAGCUACAGUGACGACUACACGCGGCAGAACCAGAACGCUGAAUACGCCCGGCGCCAGCUUUCUCUGCAAGUGCAGGAGAAUCUCCAGCAGCAAAUUCUUAUGGGCAUGACCCCUCAGACGGCGACAGGCAUGGGCACUCCCACCUCCUUGGCCACUCCCCCUUCUACCGUGCACCCUGUCCGUCAUGGCUCCGUAGCACCGCCUCCCCCGCAGCGCCUCAAAUCCCAGCUGUCCAUCAGCCCCGGGGCCACCUCCACCCCUCCCAAGACCCGCCCCCAGAGCAGGAACCUCCUUCUCCAGUCGCCCGAGUCCAGCUUUGGCGGCAGGCAGCCCUCGCCACAGCAACAACAGCAGCAGCAGUUGUCCGUCAAACAGUCUGACAGCCCAGCCCCUGGUCUCCCACGCCAGUCGAGCUCUGCAAGGGACGGCCAGGGGGCGCCACAAGGGGGCAACGGAGAGACCACAGACACCCCGACUAAGAGCUCCAAGCAGCCUCAGACCACAGACACCCCGACUAAGAGCACCAAGCAACCUCAGCAGCAGUCCCAGCAGCAGCAGCAACAGCAGCCUCCACAGCAGCACCUGCUCAAGCCCACAGUCAAUAAACAGGCUUCUCAGUCCCCCUCCACCCUGACCCCCAACGAGCGCACUGUGGCCUGGGUGUCCAACAUGCCACACCUCUCUGCCGACAUCGAAAUAUUGCGUAGCUCAUCGAACCUUGAGGACCUCAAGCUGAAGGAGUACUCCAAGAGCAUGGACGAGUCUCGCAUGGAUAGGGUAAAGGAAUACGAGGAGGAGAUCCAUUCUCUGAAGGAGCGCCUGAUAAUGUCCCAUCGGAAGCUGGAGGAGUAUGAGCGCAGGAUGCUUUCACAGGAGCAGCAGACCAGCAAGAUCCUAUCGCAGUACCAGAGCCGGCUGGACGACAGCGAGCGCAUGCUGAGGCAGCAGCAGCUAGAGAAGGACAGCCAAAUCAAAGGCAUUAUCAACAGGCUGAUGGCUGUGGAGGAUGAGUUGAGAGUGAGUGCCAUUCCUGAAAUUAAGCCCAGAAUGUUCAGAGAGCAGAUGUGUCAGGAAGAGGACUCUUCCUCUCUGGGUUCAGCAGACCCCCAUGGUCUUCCCGGAGGGGGGGGAGGGACGGCCACCACUGCCAGGCCCGGGGUCUCCUUUUCGGGCGUCUCCUGUGCCAGCGCCCCUUGGAACGGAGCCCUCCCUCCCGUCCCACCUCCCCGCCUACACGUCAGCCACAACGGGGAGCUCCGUGGCAACCGAGCCUACCCCUCGACUACUACCAUGGCUACGCCAGCCAGGAGCACGGCAUCUUGGACCUCGGCAACAGCAACAUCAGAUCCAAGCUUAACUGGGAGGAGAGCAGUCUAAUAACGAAAUCCAAUCCAACCGUUUUACGGAGGACAUCCUGGAACCUGACUGGCACAUCAAAUGCGGGCGGAGCUGAUAUGGGUCCAGGCUUAAUCCUAUUGGCUGAAACAUAGAAGAGGUCUGCAGUACACGGCUACUCCAGAUCUUGAUUUCCCCCAACAAGCUGAGCUUUUGGAAAAUUCAAAGGGGGGAGGGUUCUUUACAUGCUAACACACCUCCUCCACUCCCUCAUGCAUUUGCUCUUUCUCUUUCUCUCUGCAAUACCACUCUAAGUCUUGACCCUGGUGACAAUCAGUUCAGUAUGAGCGGUGCUGUUUACAGUGUCUACGUGUUGCAGUGACCCAUUCACGAGUGAUGAAACAUUGCAAUAUCGAACCUGUUGUUUCAAUUUUAAUAGGUAUGACAAAGCACAAUACCGAGAAAGAGAAAGAGAGACUUUGGGGGAUCCAAAGACCCCCCCCCCCACCUCAAGUAUUCACUUAAUUAAUACCCCUGUGACACACCUGCUACACUGAACACGUAACCCAGCGGGUAGAAUUUUUGAUAACAGAGCUAGUGCCUGCGUGCCUGUCGUGGAAACAUGCUGCUUACGCCCAGGUUUUAUUGAAAACAAUGGGAGCAUCUCAUACCCGGUAAAAGUAACACGUCCAGUGUAGCAGGCCUGUUAUCCUGUCCACCACCAUGCCUCCAAUGUUUUAUAUGUUCUUAAUAUUAAACUGAUACCCUCUCAUUCCAGAUGGUGAAUGAAAUUAAAGCAUAAUGCACAAUA